AUCACACUCACAAAAAUCGCAGUUAUACUAUCGCGUUUAAACUUGAUGUAAUCGCUUAUGUGGAAGAAACGUCUAAUCGUCGUGUAUCAAUAUUUUACAAAGUUGACCGAAGGCGGGUUCAAGAAUGGAGACAACAAAAGUCAAAGCUUGAGGCUCUUAAAAAAAAUAAAGAUAUAAAUAUAGAUCAAACAUGUGUCCUUAGUGGUCGUGGUUGA